CUUGAAAAUAGCGGGAAUCGUGGGUCUUUGCGUGGCGCACCAAUCCGACGACACACAGUCACAGCCGCGGAGGCAAAGCUGGAUCGGGCAGCACACAGAGGCACAAGAGACGGGAGAAGAAGGAACGAGCAGUCAAGAGGCAGUCAAAAAGCAAGGCAGCGUUCAGCCAAAGCGAGGAGGAACGAGGCCAUCACCGUGAACGCGUGCGUGUGGGUGUGUGGGCUGUUGUUGAGAAACACUUGCGUCGGCAAAAGGGUGAUUUGAGCGCACGGUCAUCUACCUGGUGGGUGUGCGGGACUUGCGUAAUCUUGGUGGACAAUCCACACGCAUCAACAACCCACAGCAAUGCUGCACGAGGAGCCACAGGGCAAGACCAGUGCUGGCCCAGCAGCCAUCAACUGCAUCGUGCGCGAUGAGACAACAGGAACCAAGCACACCUUCACUUCCAGCGCAACCACAACGCAAAAGGACUUCUGCGAUGCCGUAGCUGCGCAGUGUGGCUACAAGCCCGAAACAUUCAAGGUUGUAUUCGAACAACGCGACGGCACGGAGGUUGAGGUGGACUGCUACUGCACCAGCGCCAUGAGCAAGCUUUCCGUCGAUGAGCACUUGACAAACAAGUUCUUUCUUCGUGAGCUUGACAGCGGCCCUCCAGAGCCAACUGGCGACCAGCCAGUACCAGCAACCGGUUCGAGCCAGGGCGGCCACAAGCGGGCAGCGGCCACCUCUGUGGACGUGAUUGGUGGCGGUGAGCUGAAGGCCAUUCGCACCCGCGCCAACAGCGACAGCGACGAUGACAGCGACACGGACCAGGCAGCAUCAUCAACACGGUUUGUGGGCCUGGCAAACCAGGGCGCCACGUGCUACCUCAACAGCCUGCUCCAAUCGCUCUACAUGACCCCGGAGUUCAGAAACGCCAUCUACAAGUGGGAGUCUGCUGCAUCUGAGGAGCUGUCCAUCCCCGCUGAGCUGCAGAAGCUGUUCCUGCGCCUGCAGACGAGCAAGCAGCGCUCCGUCGAGACAACCGACAUCACAAAAAGCUUUGGCUGGGAAGGCAACGAGGCCUUUCAGCAGCACGACGUGCAGGAGCUGCUGCGUGUUCUGUUUGAUGCGCUCGAGGAAGAGUGGCAGGACACCCCGCUGGCGACGACGAUCAAGGACCUGUAUGAGGGCGAGAUCCACGAUUACGUGUCGUGCACAGAAUGCGGCUACGAAUCGGCGCGGACGGACAAGUUUAUGGACGUGCCGCUUGUGAUCAAGCCGUUUGGCAGCGAGAAGAUCAUGACCAGCGUGGAGGAGGCCAUGCACAAGUUUGUUGAGGUCGAACGCAUGGAGGGCGACAACCAGUACCACUGCGAGCGGUGCGACAAGAAGGUGGACGCCCUGAAGGGCCUCAAGUUCAAGAAGUUUCCUUACCUGCUUACGCUGCAGCUCAAGCGCUUUGACUUUGACUACACCACCCUGCGUCGCAUCAAGCUCAACUCAAGGUUUGAGUUUCCGACAGAGCUUGAUGUGAGCGAAUUCAUGCCGGGCGCACAAUCGUCACAGCAAGAGCAGCAACUACAAGAGCAGCAACAAGAGGAGCAACAGGAACAGCAGGAACAACAGCCACAGGAACAACAGCCACAGGAACAACAGGAACAGCAAGAAGAGGAACAAAACGGGGGCAAUGACACCAACACAGCGCCAGGAUCAGCAGCAUCAGCGUCAACCACAACAGCAGCAACGGCAGCAGCGGCAGCAGGGGCGAGCGAUGCGCCCGUGAAUGGCGACAGCGAGAUGGAGCACGAAGACGAUAACAACAGCGGUGGCGACGAUGAUGAUGAUGAUGGCGACACGGGCGAUGGUGACAUCCGUCAUGACGACAAGAACCACGCCACAUUAUCGUCCUCCCCGCUGACGUUUGAAAAGCUAAAGAAGGAGAAAGAAGCCAAGCGGGCGGCUGCGGUUGCACGUGGGUGCGUGUAUGAGCUCUUCAGCAUCAUGAUCCAUCGCGGCAGCGCCCUCGGCGGCCACUACUACGCCUACAUCAAGUCGCUUGACGACGGGCUGUGGCGCUGCUUCAACGACUCGAGCGUCACCGUCAUCAAGGAGAAGGACAUUGAGGACGCGUUUGGUGGCAGCCAAGCGGCGUACGGGUGGUCGUCGACGAGUGGGUACAUGCUCAUGUACCGCCGCAUCGACCCUCAGCGAAACCAAUCGUUCUCGACCUACGACGAUUUGCCGCAGCAACUCAAGAACCUGAGUCAGCAAAUUGAGCAACAGGAGAACCAGCAGCGCGAGGACCAGCUGCGACAGGAGCGCACAAUCAGGUUUAUGGUGUGGAACGACGCUGCGGAGAAGCAGACAGUGACAAUUGAGCGAACGGAGCCCCUGUCGUCCCUCCUCAACCUCACCCUCGAGGCGUUUGGGAUUGACGAGGCGUCCAAAUCGGAGUAUCGCCUGUGCCGGUACGACAUCCACCGCAAGCGCUUCCUCACCGCUCUCACGGACCUUGACAAGCCGCUUCAGGAAAUGGGAUACACAAACAACUGGUCGACAUUCUCCAUCGGUUUGCAGCGUGCAAACAGUGACGGCACUUUUGACGAGUACGACCCGAACGCGCUCAUGCUCCUCCUCAGGCACUUUGACCAGGAGAAGAAGGAGUUUGCUCCCCCAGUUCGCGUGAAGGUGCGGAUGACGAGCACGCUUGAUGAUCUCCUGGAAGAGGCCGUCAAGAUUGUCGGCGGCGACAAGGACCAGCUCACCCUAAUCAAAUCGGACUACACCACCCGCACCCUCCGUCCUGGAAGCCUCUCCCAACUCAACUUUCUCGCUGGCGGCGAGACGAUCUUCUCCACGUUUGAGGACUUUAGCGACGAGGCCGGCAAGAUGUUGGACAGCGACACUGGAAAGGAGCUUGAUCGCCGCCGUAACGAAAUCCCCGUCAACAUCGUCCUCGACGAAGACAUUGUCAAAGGAGGUGCAACACACUCUGUGCACGUUGACAAGCGCAUGUCGCUGUACGACUUCAAGGAGAAGUAUGUGCAGCCGCUGCUGGACGGAUUGUCCACCGACGACUUUCUCGUCUUCCGCAAACGCGUGUACAGCGGCACGGAGCACGUCACUGAACUCACUCGCCUCAAAGAUUCCCUGGACACCAACUACAUCGACACGUACCCAGAUGUGCUGAUUCGCCGCGGAAAAGCGCUCAAGCCCGGGCAGGUCAAGACCAGCAUCUACCUCUUCGACUCUGAACAGGAAGAGGCGCCUGAGUUGUUUGAGGAAUUCCCGGCGACAUCAAAGGGCGACAUGGCCGACUUUGCAAAGUCUGUUGCUGACGCCGUCCGGGCGAAGAAGGAAUCCGACCCCGAGUGGACCUUCAAGGACCUGUCCGACGACCCAGAGAGGUAUCGCAUCUGGGACGCGACGGCGUACAUGCGACCGCUCAAAGUGCUGCGCAAGACCAUGCAGCUUCCCAUUCUGUAUGCCGGCAAGUCGUUUCUGGUGCAGGUGCUCGACAAGCCAGACACGGCGCUGGACAUUGACCACAAGGUUGUCUUUGCUCGGCGCUUCACGCCCUCCACCAUGGACCUCGGCCCCUUGGAGGAGUUUGUGGUUGAUCGUGCUGGCGGCGUGCCUGCGCUGCAAGAAUCUGUCUCUGCCGCAUCUGGUAUUCCCGCAGAGAACCUCGAGUUUGCCUCCACGCACAUCUUCCCCUUCAAGUCGGACCCGUUCUCCCUCAGAGACAUGCGAUGGCUGGUUCCCACCGGCUUGUAUCAGCUCUCCUGCUCCACAGAUGGAUCCGGCUUUUACUACAGAGACAAGACGGACAAGAUGAAGGAGUUGACAGAAGAGGAGGAGGAGCAGCUGAAGCGGAAGUACGCGCAGAAGCAGAACAAGGUGCGAACAUGGCACCACAAGGAAGUCGGCAUCGUCAUCAAGCGAAAGAACAAGCGAACCCCCUCAAGCUCGUCCAAGGCGGAGAGCGGGGACGGUGACAACAGCAGCGACAACGGCGGCGACGAGCAGAGCAGCGCAUCAGCAGGCGUGUCCAUGGCAUCCAGUCAUAAGGACAGCACAAGCGCAAACGGUGAUGGUGGUGAACAGCAGCAGUGCGCGGAGGUUGCGGUGAACGGGACCGCGGUUCCAGUUGUGGAGGACACCGGGGAGGAGAGCGACAAGACGGAUGAUGACCAAGUGUUCGAAGACGGUGACGGCACGAACGGCGACGAUGCCGCUGAGGACGGCAGCGCGACGAGCCACGGUGCUGCCGAGGUUGAUGCAGAGCCAAGCCAACACCUACAGCAAUGAAUCUGGGUGGUGUGGUUUGGCGCUUGGCUGUAGUUUUUGGCGGCUGGUGUUGCUGGUUGCUGCCGAAGCGUUUGCUUCCCUUUGCUGAGAGGUACGAUGACUGAUAAUGAGUGAAGUGACCUGUGAUUGAUGUAGACUUGUUCCCAAAUCGUGCAGGUGUGUGUGUGUGUGUUGUGUAUCUCCCCAAAUAAAUUGAUCACACAA